AUGGGCUACUUGCUUGGUUGGCAGCUCUGUAGUAUUGGAGCUCAGAUUGCUUCACUAACGCUCUGCUUCUUCCUCUUCUGGUUGCUGUCUUCGAACGAGCAAGCUCUCGAGGUCUUGAGCAAAGAUGGACUUGAACGCAUCGAUGUUCGCGACCGCCAACCUGGGAGGCGAAACUCUACUGUUGGCCUCAUCCACUAUCGAAAGUCAACGGGACAGCACUCCACAGAGCCCAGACGGACAUACGGCAACGUCGUACAAACGGAAAGUGGGUUCGCCAAUCACGUAUCGUCGCUCAAGAGUGAAAUGCACUCGGACCUGUCGCUUCCUCGAGAAGCAAACAGCGCUCACCAGCCUCUCACUCCUAUGAGCCGAGACGAAAGGGACCUUGUACUUGCCUGGCUGCAAACCGUCGAUCGACCUGAGCUUGGAGAACUGCGCACGCAAUCCCCAACGUCAGCUGCCGACGUAGGACCUCUCCUUCCUCUAACGGCUGAACGACUUGCUGACCACGUAGGCACUCCUAAAGGCGGACUUACGAACUGUCAAGCUGGCUCUGAGGCCUCCUCAUGUUGGACAUCGUCACAGCUGAUCGAGUCGUCACCAUUCACGUCGGUCGUUCCGAUCUCGAGUACCGUCUCGAAAGGGGCUUGUGAAGCUGCAUCUGCACCACUUCUGCUUUGCAAGAAGGCGAGCAGGACGCCUUCCGACCUGUUUUGUACGCAUCCUGGCUCUACUCUCGGCGCAGACACGAAUGCGAAUCUGAUGUCCGAACGCAGCCACGAGUCUGGCCAAUUCAUCGCCAGCACGUUGGCUGAUAGCAGCUCUUUUUCGAGCCGGCAGACUGGCGCUUUCCCCAACGUGAAAGUCGAGAUAUCAGCAAGAUCAAAUGUAGAACGAACAUCCCUCGUUCCAAAAUCGCGUCCUUAUCCGAUUGGGCGGAAGAGGGCUCUUGCGAAUCGACGAGAAAACGACGACGAUGACAUCGAGGACAUGGCUCAGGUCGACCAGUCAACCCAAGUGGCCAGUCGUUCGCUCAAGAAAGAGCUCGGGAAAGUCUCUGUCAUGGACAACAACAUUCGCCUCUCAAAACUUCUCACAACAACUCCUCGGGCGAUCACUACGCCAACGUCUCCCUCACAUGAGCUUCGGUAUCAUAAUUCUGACGAUAUGUAUGCCCACAUUUCGGACACGAGCAUCGCAAGGGGCAGGCCGGUGUCCACAAAGCGACUUUUGGAUCUCAUCACAAAGCUUCGCGAGUAA